AUGGUGCAGGGCACGCUUUCUUCGCUGCCGGUGGGAACCGGGGCGACGGACGUGUCCAAAAUGGGUCCAGUGGGAACGGCGGGGGUCAGGACGGUAAUGGAGGCGGUCGGAGUAGCAACAAUAGGGCGGACGGAGACAGGCGCUGCGACUAUCAUCCGUACUCGUCGCACACCAACAGCGAGUGCUACACCCAGCGUCGGCAACGGAAGAAGCAGGAGACCAAGCAGCAGCAGCCUCAGCAACAGCAGCAGCCUCAGCAACGGACAUCGCCUGUGGCUCGCGUCGGCGCUGUGGGUAUCCGCCUGCUUCAACCGCUCCGCGACGAAGGCCAACCUGGGCUGGUUAUCGCCGUUUGAGGCGUUAUUCGGCCGGAAGCCGCCCCUCACCGUCGUCCCUUUUAUUCAGGAGGGGAUGAUGCGCGUGAAGCGGGCCACCAAGGCGGACGUCCAAUCCGCGCGGUGCUUCUACCUGCACGGCGCCAACAACCACUCGACGUCUACCGCGGUCGUUCUUCGCGCUGACACCGGUCGCCUCGCCCUCACCAACAACGUCGUGUGGGUCAACCACCGGGCAGGAGCAUCGGCGCCGGUGCCGGGCAUCGGGGGGGGUUCUUUGGUCACCGCGGCGCCCUCGCCGGCCGCCGCCGUACCUGCGGCCGAUGCCGCACCGCCGCCGCCCCCGCCAUCAAGGACGUACAACUACAUCCCGCCUGCACCAGCGACCACCGCACCGCCGCAGCCCGCUUCCUCGCCGAUCUUCACAGGAUCCUCAGCCCCGGCGCCGAUCUCCGUCGCCCCAUCAUCAGCCCACCGUCGACUGCAACAACGCCGCCCCGAACUGGGACGAGAUGACACGAGGGUUCACGGCCGCAAGCGCGGCGAUGCAGUGCGGUUCAUGGAAGAACAACAACCGCCGUCCGGUGGCGGCACCGCUCUCCACCACCGUCUUGGUCUGUUAGCGAUGAUGGACAAGGACUCCCUCAUCUCGUCGCUCGCCACGUGGGAGGCCGUGAAUCAAAGACGCCGCGACCUGCCGCCCCCGCCGCAGCCGGAUCCGAGUCUUGGAGGCCGUGGAAGCGAGGGGGCUGUGGGCGCUGGGGGGCCCGUGGAUUCUGGGGGGGGAUGGAGACCGCAGAUGUUCGCAACGAUGUUCGCCACCCGCGAGGAUGUGGACGCCGCUCUUCGCGCCGAGCGCCCGCCCGACAAGAUGCCAGACCUUCCUCACUGCCUCGCCAGCGACCUCCGCGCGCCGAAAACGUUCAAGGAGGCCAUGCGGUCUCAGCAUUCAGAGUUGUGGAAUGAUGCAGUCGAUCGAGAGUUUUUCGGUUUGUUGGAUGCAGGAACUUUUAGUCCGGUGUAGCAACCAGUAGAGAACGCAAUCAAUGCUAAGUGGGUUUUUAGCUGUAAGGCAGACGAGUACGGAUGGCCGACGAAAUUCAAGGCAAGACUUGUAGCGCGGGGGGACAUGCAGAGGGCUUCGAUUGAUGUUGGAGAAUUGUUUGCACCCACCGUAUCAUUGUCCAGUGUGCGCUUGUUGGCAGCAUUAAUUAGCAUUCGAACAGAAUCUUGACUUGUGCCAUUUCGAUAUUCAGCAGGCUUUUUGAGCUUGAUGAGGAUGUUUUCAUGCGCUUACCGCAGGGGUGUGGUAGGUCAUCUGGCCUGAUCGUGAAGCUGUGCAAGAGUCUGUAUGGCUUGAAGCAGGCAUCAAGACAUUGGCAUGCGCACCUGACGAGUUGUUUGUUACUUUUUGGUUUUUUGCAGUGUCUGGCG